AUGUCUUUCAUCAGAGCAGCGGCAAGGCAAAUCCGGUUCCCAAGGACAGUGCCCCGUGUGGCCCAAGUGCCCUUCUACCGGUUCAAGUCUACUACUCCGAUCAGCGUCACCGCCGAAGUUUUCCCGCUAGAAAAAGAAACCAUCACCGAAGCCGACGUGGACGAAUGGUUGAAUGCGGUGCAGACAUUGAAGGAAGGGAAAAAGGCCCCCGAGACCCCUGCAGAGGUGUAUCUCAGCCAGCUUGCGGACCCUGAGCCAUUUUUGGAGGAAAAAUUUGUGCCCUCCGAAGAGCAGUUGGCGCAAGUCGAAAAAUACGCCAACAAGGCGGUUCCGUUGCCCAGCGACCCGGUCAUUGACAACUUCACCAACUUGAUCAUGCGGGACGGCAAGAAAACCCGUGCCCGCAACCAGCUUUCCAAAGCGUUGUACAUUGUGUACUUGAAAACCAGACAGGACCCGGUGAAGCUCUUAUACGAGACCUUGGACAGAUUGGGCCCAUUGUUCCACACAAAGGUGCAGAAAACGGGCACGGCAAAGAGCAAAACCGUGCCUUUCCCCUUGGACAGGAGACAGCGCAACCGGUACGCCAUCUUGUGGAUUUUGGAAGGAUCGAAGAAGAAAAAGUCGCCAGACUUUUCUGUUCGUUUGGCCGAGGAAAUCGUUUCGGCGUGGGAGGGCAAGUCGUCAGGAUAUGACAAGAAAACCCAGUUGCACAAAAACGCUAUUGCCCACAGAGCGUACAUCCAAUUGUGA